UUGAUACACAAUGUCUGUCUAGAUUUAACCACACAUCGAUAAUGUGUGUUUGGCUUGAAUGUUUAGUUAGAGGGUAUCUUAAAUAUUCAAUUUUGUGACAGGCGUGCAAGUAACAUAAUACAUCACGAAGUAAGGCCCUCUUAGAGGACAAUUUAUGGAGCGUCGCACUCUGAUGCGUUCGAAAAACCCUUUAAAAAUUGCGCAUACUACGGGAUACUCAUGUUGAUAUUUCUCCAGGGAACGUAUUUAUUAUUUGCAACUUGUGAAUUUCUCGUAAGAGACGUCUCUUCACUGGAUCUUACCGGUAAUUGCACCUUCGAUCAGAACCAAUUUUGUGAUUGGCGUAACGAAAAAUACGCCGAUCAUUUUGACUGGCGUCUUUGGCGAGGAAGCACUCCUAGUAGUAAUACCGGACCGAUCAGUGAUCACACAGGUAAUGGCUCAUAUAUUUACAUUGAGACGUCACUUCCUCGUAAAUAUAAUGAGAAGGCCAGGCUCAACAGCCCUUGGAUGAGAGGCGCACAGCGGAUGACGUUUUACUACUCCAUGUACGGCAGCACUAUUGAGUCCCUGUCCAUUUAUGUUAGAAUCAAUGGCAGUGAAAACAGAGUUUGGAGCCGCUAUAGAAGCCAUGUAUCUAAAGACUGGAUUGAGACAUGCCUGACCAUAAACUACGCGGGGACGUAUCGGGUCAUAAUAGAAGGCGUAGCUGGCUUGACGUAUAAAUCAGAUAUCGCCAUCGAUGACAUUAGUUUCAGCAAGAAUUUGACUUGUGUCUCUGCUGGUAGAAAUACGCCACCUGGAAAUUUUGAAGCAAACUGUACCUUCGAUAAGAGCUAUUGUGGAUGGCGUAACGUCUUAAGUCCUCAAGACGACAUUCACUGGUUCCGCAGAAGAUUUAAUACACCAAGCCACGGAACUGGGCCAAGCCAGGACCACACUGGGAACGGAUACUACAUUUACAUUGAGACGUCACAACCCGCCAAAGAGAAACACUCUGCACAGCUACUGAGUCCGCUCAUUCGGGGACCGAAAUGUUUUCGCUUUUAUUACCAUAUGUAUGGAAGUCAUAUGGGAAAUCUUGAUGUGUUUCUUCAAAUUCGAGGGCAAUAUGGCAAUUACUUGAUGUGGCAAAAGUCAGGAGAGCAGGGUAAUCAGUGGAGAGAGGCAAAUGUCGACUUAGGCUACGCCGACGAGUUUCAAGUUGUAUUAAACGCAGUUGUUGGCAGAGGCUAUCAAGGAGAUAUAGCAGUCGAUGACGUCACAUUUACUGACGGGCUGUGUGAAAGCGGAAGUGAAUCACGAGGCGGGAUAGGAAACUGUAACUUCGAUGUGCACUUUUGCUUUUGGAGGAAUGUCUUCUAUUUUCAAUGGACACUCAAACAAUACGCUACUCCGAGCUGGAACACUGGGCCUUAUGCUGACCACACUUCAGGAACUGGCAAGUACAUUUAUAUUGAGACUUCUAGUCCACGCAACCCAGGAGACCCUGCGCGACUUGAGGGUCCAUGGAUGCGGGGACCGCAAUGCAUGACGUUCUACUACCACAUGCGUGGCUCCACCAUGAGCUGUGUCAUCAUAUACAUAAGAAGCAUGGCUACCUACAGGUAUAAACUGGUUUGGCUGAAGUCUGAGGAUCGAGGAGACCAUUGGAUACCAGGGCAAAUAAGCAUAAACACGACUGAAAUCUUUCAAGUAAUUAUCUAUGGUAUUAGAGGCAGAAGUUAUCUUGGAGAUGCUGCAUUGGACGACUUUUCUUUCCAGAAAGGAACUUGUCAACAAAAAGUCGUAACAACCUUUUACGUGUCCUCAUACAUGGGUCGAGGCUUCCGACUUUCUUCGCUGCCCUUCGAUCACAGUCGGUACUCGGAAGAGUUUCGAUUCACUCUCGAGCAUCCGAGUGGAAAUCCGAAAGAGAGACCAUACUUUAUCUACUCUGGAUUGUACAGCAGACCAAGUCUCGUCACAUCCUAUUUGGAUCUCUCUAACACUGGAAACUUUCCUCUAGAUGUUGUUGUUCUACGCGGAGCUGGAAACAAUUCCAGGAAGAUUAAUUUGAUAAACAGGAGUCCCUAUAGGCAGAUGAUUAGUGUUGGCGACUACACGAAUGAUAACUGCUGUGCGAGAAGAAUCGUGUUCUCUUUUUAUGCCUUGGAUGUCACUAAACCAGGCAGCCUGCCAUCUAAUGGUUGCGAGCCCGGUUGGUACAAAGCCAACAAAUCGUGUCAUCUGUUUUAUGUUCUAUAUUCUCGGCAAUGGGGCGACGCACGAACCAGGUGUCACUUUUACGGUGCUGAACUCGCCGUUGUUAAUGACGCCAGAACUGUGCAAGACCUUGCUUAUCAGAGAGGAAUGCUAAACCUUGAUGACCGCGACUUUUACCUUGGGUUAAGUGGGCAGUUGAAGUGGAUUUGGUCAGACGGGAGCUUUGUGUCCAAUAAUACACCGAAUCAAUGGGGUCCAAACGAGCCCAGUGAUGACGGCAAAUGCGGCGCAUUUUUGAAUGCUAUUAGAUGGGAUUCUAACUGGAAAGGGUAUGGAUGGCGAUGGAAUGAUAUACCAUGUACCAGCCGAAAGGGAUACAUCUGUCAGCAGCCGUUAGAUGUUCCUCUGCCUGUAGCUCUCUUUUCACUGAGUGGCACCAAUGGAACUGUGGACAGGAGUCCAAAUGGAGCCAUCAAAGCUGUUCCUAAUAACAUCAAAUUUGCACCAGGUCCUCAUGGAAAUCCAAAUGGUUCCUUCUACUUUAGCGGUAUUAAUAGGAGCCAUGUAAAACUUAGAAAAAGCGGACAACUGGACACAAGGUUCUCGAUUGGUGUUUUCGCAUGGGUUCAUCUUGACAACUCCAGUGGCCCAAUCUACACGCAUGAACUGCCAAACAAGUAUUAUGGCUUAUCGUUGCAGGUUUCUCAUUCAAGCUUGGGUGUCAAAGUGAGAUACGUCGACAGGAAGUCGCUGUCUAGUUAUCUGCUAUUUAAGAAAAACGUUUUACAAGCACAUUCCUGGAACUUUAUUGGAACCGCGUACGACUACCAUACAGGUGUCGCGUCUAUUUUCGUCAAUAACAACACUGUCGUGCUGAAGUAUAUCAAAGUAAAAAUGGAGCUAGCAACGUAUUCCAGUGUUAGAAUCGGUGCGAUGAAGAAACAGAAGGUGUACUUUCGUGGGAGGAUCUCCUGCUUACAAGUUUAUGAUCAAGCAUUGUCGGUGGAUCAAAUUAUCAAGGUUAAAACAAGGUGCAAUCAAACUGCACCCUUAACGUGCAGUCACGGCUAUUUUGCAUUCCACGGCGGUUGCUUCUCGAUUAAUACCAAGAAUAUACUGACGUGGAAAGAUGCACUGGGGCAGUGCAGUAGUGAAGGAGGGACCUUAGCCAAGAUAUCUCGGGAAGGUUUGAGGUAUGCAUUUACCAACCUGCUAGAAGAAAUGAGACCUAAGCCGGAGCAUUUGCACUUUGGCCUCCUGGCACAGGACAACUGGGUAUGGAUAGAUGGCAGUCCAUUUAAUAACUCUCUGUGGCUGUCGGGAUACCCUUCUGCUUACCAUGGAAUCCAGAGUUGUGCUGUGCUAUCGGCUGGUUCGUCGGGGAUAAAAAACGUUGACUGUCGGCUAACGAUGUACCCACUGUGCCAGAAAAAGCUCGUAAAUUCACUGUCACACCAUAUUUUGACGCAAAGUUCAAGUGUUCUGUUACCUCAUUACCCCUCUCUGGCCAUUGAUAGAUCCUACACCACUUGUUUUCGUUCACAAAAGGAGUUCAAUCCUUGGUGGGAAGUAACGUUUGAAAAAUCACUGUAUGUUGAAUCCGUUGAAAUCACUGAUAAAAUCGACUGCUGUUCACGUGACAAAGGAAUGAUCAACGUUACUGUAUCUAGCAGUAAAACCGGUUCUGACCCAACUUGUACACAAUCGGUGCAGUAUGGAAUAUUAUUAACCCACAAAGUACACUGCUCUCCACCAGCGCGCGGACGUUUCGUGAUAGUCACGUUAACUGGAAAUAAUGUCACGCUAGUUCUCUGCCAAGUUGUUGUUCGAGCAAUUGAAUUUUCUGAAGAGGCGCACGGUGUUUUACGUGAAGGGUGGUAUAACGUAGAUUACGACUCCAAAAUAUCACCAACUAUGCGGGAGAAUCCUGUGUUUAAAGGCGAAAGUCAGAGCCAGAUCGUUCUGCGGGAUUUCGAUGCACCAGUCAAUGUGGGAACAAAGUACGUUCAGCGACUGACAAGCUACUUACAGGUUCCUGUAAGUGGAAAUUACACGUUUUACCUGUCAUGCGAUGAAUUCUGUGAGUUAUGGAAGUACGAUGUUAUUGAAGAUGGCAUUGAAAAAGAAGACAGGAAAGCUGAGGAAAUUGUGACCAAACAACCAAUCAUUUCUGUCAAAAGAUUUUCAUCUUAUCAAGAAUGGGACAGGUACGCAGAGCAAACAUCACAGUCUGUAUUUCUCGACAAAUGUCGCAUUUAUCAAAUGGAGGCCUUUAUGAGGGAAGAAACGGGCAACGACCACAUAUCUGUGGGCAUGCGUACACCCAGUGGAAAAUAUGAACGACCUAUCCCUGGAACGAGACUGUUCAGGACUAAACCAGGAACGCGUAAAUUGGAAGUGACACUACAGCAUCCCAAAACGUCGUUAUCUGCCUUUGUUGGUUCAAACUUACACAUCUCAGGUUAUUACAGGUUCUGCUGUCAAGGUGUAUAUUGUCCGGAUUGCCCGCUGGAACUGAACGUCUCAACCCUUGGACAAAAUGUGACAAUUAAUUCAGCGCUUAACUUCUCCUGUGUGAAUACAUCAUUCACGGCUACUUUUAACACGGACAGACAACCUGACAAUUUUGCAGUCAAGGUCAGUUAUUCAUUUGUCAACAAUUCAGAACAAACUGUGAGCGAGAGAGUUUUAGGGCAUCUUCAUCUUCGAGCUGUGGUGAUAAAAGAGUGCUACUUCAAAUCAGAGUAUUGCGGUUGGACCAGUCUUGGUGACAACGAAGAAAAUUGGAAAUUGUCAAAUAAUAAAACAUUGGUUAAAUUUCCAGGUCACUUUGCCUAUAUUGGUGACUCCUUCAAAGCAAAGUUGGAAGGUCCGUUGUUACCGUGGAAACCAUUCCAUCAAUCCGUAGGUUUGUGUUUGCGGUUUAAUUACCUCAUGCCUACUCAAUCAAAGUCCACCUUGAAGAUUUUCCUUCGAGAGCCAAAUCGGGAAGAGCUGGUGCUAGUGUGGCAGUUGGUCGGAAACCACGGUGAGAAGUGGUCAGCAGCUCAAGUGGCUUGGUCAGGCGCCAAGGGAAUUCAGGUUCAAACAGUUACUCAUUGGUAGUUAACGUUGAAAAAAUUUGUAUGUUUUCGCAUUCAAUAGCAAUAGCACUGAGAAAAAGAAAAUACAUUAACGUAAAGGAAGGUUAUGAAGACAUGACUGAUCACCGCAGAUAUCUACACAACCUAAGCAGCUGUUGAAUUGAAGCCUGAACAAAAUUCAAGCUUGAACGGGAUUCGAACCCAUGACCUCAGCGAUACCGGCGCAGUGCUCAACCAACUGAGCUAUCAAGCCAUCUGGGAACUGGUCAGUAAUAAAACCCAGUUGACUUGAUAGCUCAGUUGGUAGAGCAUUGCACCGGUAUCGCUGAGGUCAUGGGUUUGAAUCGCG